AUGCUGGAUCCUGACCUCCGUGGCAAUGGGGUCCUGGCUGUUCACUGCCAGGCUGCAGAGCUGUCCCUCCGCCCCAGAGCAGGGCUGAGAGACCGGGAGCUGGGAGCACUGUGCACAGCUGCCUGCGACCUGUGCAAGGCAAUGGGAUGCCCUGGGACCUCCCUGACUGGGAACAGGACCACGCAGUGUGGGGCUGUGCCGGCACUGGGUCCCCCAGGGUGGUGCAUGGGGGGCGGGCGACUGGGGCCAUGGGCCGGGUGCGGAGCCCCAGGGGACGUCAGGAGCGGGUCCCCCAUGGUGGAUCCACAAAACCACCCCGAGUGUGGGGUCCGGGGCCGUGGCACACCCGGGGCUCCCCGCAGCAGGGCUGGGUGGAGGAGGGCUGCCCUGGGUGCGGUGCACUGUACGCUGCAGCCAGGCCGAUGCCUCCGAGCAUCCCUUACUCAACCUCCCUCUGUGCAGGCGACCCCCAGCCCUGUCUCAAUGGAGCUGACCGCCACCACUGACUUCUACCCCUGGGAGGAUGGGUACUCAUGGGAGGACGGCAUGCUGCCCGAGGUCUGUGAGAAGCAGGCAGUGCAGGGCUUCGCCCGCACCUACCAGCCUGCUGUCUACCUGCUGCUCUCACUGCUGGGCAUGGUGGGGAAUGGGCUGGUGCUGCUCACGCACACCCGCUACCGCCAGGCACACAGCAUCACCGACGUCUGCCUCCUGCACCUUGCCCUGUCUGACCUCCUGCUGCUCCUGACACUGCCCUUCGCCGUCACCGACACGCUGCAGGGCUGGUCCACGGGCACGGCCGCCUGCAAGGCGCUGCAGGGCCUCUACGCCCUCAACUUCUACAGCGGCUUCCUCUUCCUCACCUGCAUCAGCGUGGACCGCUACGUGGCCAUCGUGCGGGUGCCGGCCGCCUGCCGCCUGCGCCCACGGGCUCGCCGCCACGGUUGGCUGACGGUGGGGCUGGCCUGGCUGCUGGCCACGCUGCUGGCGCUGCCCCAAUUCAUCUACAGCCAAGCGGAGCAGCACCAGGACCUCCGGAUCUGUCAUGUCGUCUUCCCCCGCGCGGUCUCGCGGGCGGCCCGGGGGGCCACCAACCUGGUGCAGGUCGUGCUGGGCUUCGCGGUGCCCUUCCUGGUGAUGGCGAGCUGCUACGCGGCCGUAGCCCGAACGCUGCUGGCGGCCCGUGGCGCCCAGCCCCACCGGGCGCUGCGGGUGCUGCUGGCCCUCGUGCUGGUGUUCGUGGCCCUGCAGCUGCCCCACAGCCUGAUGGUGCUGCUGGACGCGGCCGAGCUGCUGGCCAGCUGGGAGGUGAGCUGUGCCCAGAGCCGCCGCAAGGACCUGGCACUGCUGGUCACCGGCGGGCUGGCGUACCUGCGCUGCUGCCUCAACCCCCUGCUCUACGCCUUCCUGGGCCAGCGCUUCCGCCGGGAGCUGUGGCUCCUGGCCAGUGAUGCCGGGUGCGUGGGGCCCCUCGAGCCACGCUGCCCCAGCUGCCCCAGUCCCCGCCAGAGGACAUCGAUCUCCACCUGCCAGGACGUGGUGUAGGGACACGGCGCCCACGGCCGGGGCAGGGACCGGCCC